CAGGGGCGGACUGACCAUUUGGAAACUCGGGCACUGCCUGUGGGCCCGGGGUCAGUAGGGGGCCCCAUGAGAUGUUCCUGGUACCUUUUUCAUAGGCUUUUUUGUUUUGGCAAGGACACAGGGGCCCCAUGAUCCCCUAUUGCCCGGGGGCCCCAUGAGUUGUCAGUCCACCCAUAAGAAGUUCUGCUUUAAGCCUUUGACCUUUGGGGAGCGGGUACCUGAAUUUGACUGGGCCCGGGGUUCAGGAGGGGGCUCCAUGAGAUGCCCCUGGUACCUUUUUCAUAGGCUUUUUUGAGUUUGGGCAAGGACGCAGGGGCCCCAUGAUCCCCUAUUGCCCGGGGGCCCCAU